ACUUCGAGGACGGACGGAGAGAGGCCGGACCGGCAGCUGCCCCCGCUCCAGCCGGAGCGCUCCGAAACUUAACAAAACAGGCAGUGGGCUGAUCCUGAGGUUCUGCUGACAGCUUGCCGUGACGCCGGCUUGAAACGGCCGCAGGCCCAGAGUGUCCAGAGCGCUGUUGUUUGUCCUCUCGUGCCCAGCAGCUGCGGAUCUCUGCCGUGUGUUGGUUCUUCUUGUGAAACCCUCCCCGAGAACGGGUCAGGCUCCGCUCGGAGGGUUCUGGGAGCUUCCCGGGACGCCGUCCCCCCUGGACCAGAGCCCCACGAUGGGCGAGCGCCCCACCCACGCCAACAGCCUGUUCUUGAACGAGGAGUCCUCUAAGGGUGUCGGGGCGGGUGGCCGCGUACACCGCCUCCGGCAUGCCGUGGAGAAGCGGGCCGCCCGGGCCCGGAAACGAAUGUACGCCGUCACGCGGGAGAGCGUCUGGGCUUGCCUGCAGAAGAACGCCUUUGUCUUGUUGACCAUCUCGGCCGUCCUACUGGGCAUCACGCUGGCCCUGGCCCUCCGGCCCUACCAGAUGACCUACCGCCAAAUCAAGUACUUCUCCUUUCCCGGAGAGCUGCUGAUGCGAAUGUUGCAAAUGCUGGUCCUCCCUCUCAUCGUCUCCAGCCUAAUCACAGGCAUGGCCUCCUUGGACAGCGGCGCUUCCAGCAAGAUGGGCCUCCGUGCCGUCGUCUACUACAUGCUGACCACCGUCCUGGCUGUCUUCAUCGGCAUCUUCAUGGUCCUCAUCAUCCACCCGGGCAAAGGCAGCAAGCAGAAGCUUCACCGUGAAGGCAAAAUCGAACCCGUCCACACCACCGAUGCCUUCAUGGACCUGAUCCGGAAUAUGUUCCCUCCCAAUCUGGUGGAAGCAUGCUUCAGGCAGUAUAAGACCCAGUACAGCGUCAGAGUCGUCAAUCGCACCGUGCCAAGGAGCGGCUCCACUCCCGUCCCGCUACCCGAACACCUGAGUCCCAACGGCAGCAGCAGCAGCCUCAACGCCACCGCCGCCUCGCCCCUCUUGCUGCUGGAGAACGCCACCGCCGCCAUCUGGCACAACGUCAGCCAGGCCCUGGGCAGCUCCCCGGAGGUGCGGAGCUACGAAGAGCUCAUUCCGGUGCCCGGCUCCGUCAACGGGGUGAACGCCCUGGGGCUGGUGGUCUUCUCCAUCUGCUUCGGCCUGGUGAUCGGCAGCAUGAAGCAGAGAGGGCAGGCCCUGCGGGAGUUCUUCGACGGCCUGAACGAGGCCAUCUUGCGGCUGGUGGCCGUCAUCAUCUGGUAUGCCCCCGUCGGCAUCUUGUUCCUGAUUGCUGGCAAGAUCUUGGAGAUGGAGGACCUGGCAGUGAUGGGCGGCCAGGUGGGCAUGUACACGCUGACGGUCGUCGUGGGACUCCUGAUCCACGGCCUGUGCGUGCUGCCACUGAUCUACUUCAUCGUCACGCGCAAGAACCCCUGGGUGUUCGUGGCCGGACUGCUGCAGGCGCUCGUCACAGCCCUGGGCACGUCCUCCAGCUCGGCCACGCUCCCUGUCACGUUCCGCUGCCUGGAGGAAAACAUCGGCGUGGACAAGAGGGUCACCAGGUUCGUCCUGCCCGUGGGGGCCACCAUCAACAUGGAUGGCACGGCGCUCUACGAAGCCCUGGCCGCCAUCUUCAUCGCCCAGGUGAACAACUACGAGCUCGACUUUGGGCAGAUCAUUACGAUAAGCAUUACGGCCACCGCGGCCAGUAUCGGGGCGGCCGGCAUCCCGCAAGCUGGCCUGGUGACGAUGGUGAUCGUGUUGACGUCCGUGGGGCUGCCGACGGAAGACAUCACCUUGAUCAUGACCGUGGACUGGUUCCUGGACCGCCUCCGGACCACCAUCAAUGUGCUGGGGGAUUCGCUGGGGGCCGGGGUGGUGGAGCACCUCUCCCGUCACGAGCUAGAGAUGCACGACGCAGAGCUCAGCAACUCGGUCAUUGAGGAGAACGAAAAACCUUACCACCUGAUCUACCCGGAGAACGACCCGCUGAAGCACCGCAGCAGCGAGACCUCGAUGUGACCUCCCCCCAGGGAGAGGCGCGCGCCGCCGCCGCUGGGAUCCGGAUCGGUAGCAACUGGGCGACUGUGAAACGCUGAGAGAAAGGAAGAGCCGUCCCGAAUCCUGCCCCCCAAAUUCUCAGCGCCUCCCCUCUUACCCUGCCCGCAUGCCGCCGGGGAAAAAAUAAUAAUGAAAAUCCAACGGGAACUUUUCCGAAUGCAGAUUUCGCUGCUCUCGGUGACGUUUUUGGCAUGAACGGGACAGGGUCGGAUUCGACACACACACACACACACACACACACACACCGCCGUGACCCCCCCCCCGCCCCUGAACCACAGCUGGUCGUAUCCUGCACCAAGAAAACCCCCACACCGCCUUCGAACGCCCGUCGUGCGUCGUGCCAUUGAGACCGAGUUGUUAUUUAAAUCUUCUGCCAAUAUAUAUGUAGAUAUUCUUAUUGAUGGUGUCCUCUUCUGAACACUCUUUUUAGCACUUGAAAACUGCAGCAGCAAAAACCGUGGCCAAAUGUCAAGGCGUGUACAGGCAAGGCUCGAUUUGGUAUGGGGCGAAUGUUGUUUAUUUAUAAAGACCAUUAAAGUGGAGAAUUACGUACGGCGUGUGUUUCGGAAUAUGAACGGCAGGA